GAGGGGGGAUGCGAGGAAGCGCCGCCUCCUCCGGCUCGUCCCCGCGGCGGAAUCUCCGGGCUGAAGCGGCGGCGCCCCCCCCCCCCCUCCUUCCUUCCUUCCGCUGCGGGAGGGGGCGCGGGAGGGCGGGAGGCGGUCGGUCCACCAGCGCCAGGCGGCACCGGGCAGGCGGCCCCUGCCCACUCGGGGGCGGAACCCUCCCGCCGCCGCCGCCGCCGCCGCCGCGCCUCCAGGCUGGCUGGCUGUGGCCGUGGCUGGCCGGCAGGAGGGCCGUGCGCGUGACGCGGAGCGCCCAGGACCGCCGUGGCCGAGCCCGCCGAGAAGCUGAGGGCGGAAGGAAGCCUGUUCCGAGCAAGGGCCCUUUUGCAGCCUCAGCAGAGCGUGUGCAAGUGCCAGGAUUUCUCUCCCGUCUCGGUUUCUGAGCCAAGCGAGUGUUGAGCAGCAAAAUGAACUUCCCAGGGCAAGAUGGUCGUUGGCUGGGCCUCCUAUCUGGCAGCUGAAAGCAGAGCGAAGCCCGCGUGUUCCUGAGCCCCUCUGGAUGGGGAGAGGAUGCGGGUGACCAUGAAGCGGGUACUGCUGGGGGUGGGCUUUGCCAUUGCUCUGAUGGUGUCGGUACACCUGGGCCAGCAGAUGCUGCAGUGCCAGCAAAUCCUGGGCCAGGGCUCCAGCCAGCGCGGCCUGAUGCGGCCGGAGAACGAGGAGCUGGUGAUGCUGGACUCCAACCGGGUCGAGUACCGGUACAGCAAAGAGAUGCCUCUGAUCUUCAUCGGGGGAGUUCCUCGGAGCGGGACCACCCUCAUGCGGGCCAUGCUGGACGCUCACCCGGAGGUGCGCUGUGGAGAGGAGACUCGCAUCAUCCCCCGCGUGUUGGCCAUGCGGCAGGCCUGGUCCAAAUCCGGGCGGGAGAAAAUACGCCUGGAUGAAGCCGGAGUGACGGACCAGGUUCUGGACGCCGCCAUGCAGGCCUUUAUCCUGGAGGUGAUUGCGAAGCACGGGGAGCCAGCCAGGUACCUGUGCAACAAAGAUCCCUUCACCCUCAAGUCCUCCAUCUACCUGUCUCGACUCUUUCCCAAUUCCAAGUUCCUCCUGAUGGUGCGCGACGGCCGGGCCUCCGUCCAUUCCAUGAUCACCCGGAAGGUCACCAUUGCGGGCUUUGACCUCAGCAGUUACCGGGACUGCCUGACCAAGUGGAACAAGGCCAUCGAGGUUAUGUACUCCCAGUGCCAGGAGAUCGGCCGUGCGCGCUGCCUCCCCGUCUACUACGAGCAGCUGGUGCUGCACCCCCACAAAUCCAUGCGGGCCAUCAUGGACUUCCUGGACAUCGCCUGGAGUGACGCUGUCCUGCACCACGAGGAGCUGAUUGGGAAGCCCGGAGGAGUCUCACUUUCCAAGAUUGAGCGAUCCACAGACCAGGUGAUCAAGCCUGUCAACACAGAGGCCUUGAGCAAGUGGCUGGGGCAUAUUCCGGGGGACGUGCUGCAGGACAUGGGCCACAUUGCCCCCAUGCUGGCCAAGCUGGGCUACGACCCGUAUGCAAACCCCCCCAACUACGGACACCCGGACCCCCUGGUGAUAAACAACACCCACAGGGUUCUAAAAGGGGACUUUAAAACACCUGCCAAUCUGAAAGGACAGUUUCAGGGGACACAGAAUACUACUGGUUUCCACUGAUGAAGCAGAGGACUUCCAGGUGCAGUUGCUUCUGGUUGUGCUGAAGAGAAGAAACUUUGCAAAAGCAAACGUGGAAAUCUGUUAUCCAAGCAUAUUGCUUGCUACUGACAUUGCCACAUGGAGUGUUUUCUGUCAGGCAUUUUUGCAUUUAUUUGCAAACUUUGGACAUUACAGACUCCUGAGUCUGCCUACUUGGUUGGAUGCUCUGUGGUUCGAGGCAAAAUCUGUGGAGAUCUUGAGGCCUACUGAAGAACGUUUUAUACUUGUGGGCUGGAGAUCUCUCCUCAGGCUCCGUCUAAAAGUGUCUUGUAAUUUUUGUUCACCUCAAAUAACUCUGUUAACUUAACCCUGCUAGCGUGCUUUUGUCUUACAGGUGACAAUCUGAAAUUUGCCUCUCGUCACUUUUAUUUGUAAUUUACAGGAAAAAAAACAACCCCAAACAAAAACAAAUUAAAAUUAAUAUAUGCGGCUGUC